UCCUCCCAUCCCUUCUCUCUCUCCUGUCUCUCUCCCUCUCUUUCUCUCUCUCUCGCUCUCUCUCUCUACCUCUCGCUGUAUUACCACUAGUGUGUGUUUCUCUCAGUGUGGGAAUGUAGCAGACUUGGAGGCUGCACUUCUUUCCUUCUUUUCAGCCCUGAUGUGCAGACAGACCUUGGACUGACAGCUGGACGUUCUUGCUGCACAGAACGGGGCUGUCCGAGGGCAUGGAUUGGGAAAAAAACGGGAUCAAACGGAUUUAACCCUGCUGAUUCCCUUGCAUCUCUGUGCUGUCCACUGCUUGGCUGCUUUCUCUCGGGGAAGGAGAUUACAGCUCCCUGUGUGUGCGUGUGCGCUGGAGCACCGCUGGAGAGAGAGCGCAAAGAGACCGCAACCAGGGCUGGGUCUGGGGAGAGCGAAGCCUUUACUGCUGCUACCUGAGUUGCUUUUCCCCACUGCACACGCACACACACACGCGCACAGAGGCAGGGGCUGCGCCAGCCGCCACGGUUACUGCGUUAGUGCAGCUGCGAGAGGAGAGGAGCUGCAGCAGGGAGUGUUCUUGCAAUACGGAUUUUACGGCACGCUUCUAAUGACUCCGUCUGCCAGCCUUGUGUUUUGUGUGUUUUUCCCCCGCUACUCCUGGCUUUUUCUCAUCUGCGGAGCGCCUUGGGAAUUAUAUCGGUCUCUCCGGACGCUGAACUAGAUAGAGGCACGUCCCUCGAUCCCCCCCCCCCCCCUCCCCCCUUCCUCCCUCUCUCCCUCCCUCCCUUUCCUUUUCUCACCUCUGCUCUCUGAGUAUUUGUUUUUGUGUGUGCAGUUGUUCCUAGCAUGUGCUAAUUACUGCAUUGCAUUAGGAUUAUUGUGUAGGGUUUCUGUCUGUGGGCUUGUAUAUGGGCUAACGUGUAUUGUGUAGGAUUUCUGUUCAUGGGCUGACGUUCCGUGUUAAAAUGGUCUUUCCGAGUUUGCUUGCGUCUCUGUGGCUGUGAACGAGAGCGGGUAUAUGUGUGCGUGUCUGCGCGUGUGAAUGUUAAUGAGAUGCCCAGCCCUGGUUCCCUCCCUGGCCCCCUCCCCUACUUGCUCCGCCGCCGCUGCUGCUGCUGCUGCUUCUUAGCCGGGCCCUGAACUCCGACAGCAUGAGCGAGAGAACAGCACUAGGGGCCACCAUGGAGACCAUGACCCUGGAGGAGCCUGGGGGCGAACAGGCCUCUCCCCGGGCCCCGGGGCCCCUCCGCUGUGGCCCCUGUGCAGUGUGGCCCCGCCAGCAGCAGACGUGGCUGUGCGUGGUGCCCUUGCUGAUGGGCUUUGUGGGCCUUGGCCUCAGCCUGAUGCUACUCAAGUGGAUUGUGGUGGGCUCUGUCCAGGACUAUGUCCCUCCCGACCUGGUGGACGCCAAAGGCAUUGGGCAGGACCCCAUCUUCCUCUCCAAACCCAGCUCCCUGCCAAAGGGCCCAGACGCCCCCUCGGCAUCCACAGCGGUCCCAGCCAAUACUAUGGGCCCUGGCUCAGCCGCAGAUGGGACCAGUGCAGUUCAGAGGACUCAAGCUGGACCUCCUUCUAACCAUACAGCCAGUAGCAGCAGCAGCAGCAGUGGGGGGAGGGCAGUUGGAGCAGUUGGAGGAGGUUCAGGGAAUCAAGCCCCUCACCUCCAUAACAGGGUGGGCACAAAAGCCAAUGGCACUGCUUCUACUCGCCCAGCUAUGCCCGGUGGCAAGGAAGUGACCCCACGAAGUACAACUGUCCGAAAGCCUAGCGGUGCAGCUGGGGGCCGAAAUGCACACCCUUCCUCCAGAGCGGGCCCACUAAGCCCGACCUCCAUCACCACCACAACUACUGCUACCACUUCUACUACUACUGCAAAAAGCACAACUACUACCCGAAUGGCCCCGCCCACCACCUCCACACCUACAGCUCCUGCCAGGCCAACCCAGCGCUUGAACCAUGGACGCUCCUCCAAGGGUCCCUCCACCAAGCCAACACGGCCUCACCACCGCUUCAGAACCCUUGCACCUACAACCCCGACGGUCCGCUCCGAGUUCUUCAAGCCUUGCCAAGACAGCCAAGAGCUCGCCUUCUGUCUGAACGAAGGAGAGUGCUUCAUUAUCGAGACAGUGGCAGGAGUGCACAGACACUGCCGGUGUAAAGAGGGUUACCGUGGACUUCGCUGUGACCAGUUUGUUCCUAAGACGGAUUCCAUCCUGUCUGAUCCAACAGAUGAGCUGGGCAUCGAAUUUAUGGAGAGUGGAGAGACCUACCAGAGGCAGAUCCUGUCAAUCUUCAGCAUCGCUAUGGGCAUCAGCUUGUUGGGAGUGGCCUGCAUGGCUCUUUACUGCAGGAACAAGAGACAAAGGGAAAAACACAGAGCCCACCUGACAGAGAUGCGUAACCUGAGGGACUGCAGUGUCAAUGCUUUGCGGCUCAUGUCUAAAUCGAGCUCCAGAACAGAAUGUGGCCUCCAGCAUCAAAAGUGCUGUAAAGCCCACGGGUCCUCCCCUACAUCAGGCAGAGGUACAGUGCACAGCAGCUCCAAACUCUCUGCAGCCAAUCAGAGCCGCAGCCUGUCCAUGGGGAAACGCCACAGAAGCUGUUCCUUCUCGAGUAGUCCUGCUCUGAAACAGAAGAUAUCCAAUCAUCGAUCUGUGCCACGAUGGACUCCACCCAUCUCCAGAGCAGGACAUCAUCUAAUUGGAGGAUCAAAGGAUUCUAUUCACAGCUACAAACAUCUACAAGAGUUGGAGUCCACAGAUGUGCCAUCAGAAUCUUUGAGAAGGUGCCAGUCCCACACUGAUGGCAAUCAGCACAGUCGCUCCUAUUUGAAUAUGCAAACUGUGGCCUCCGCACCCUCUAGAGGAAGACUGGCCUAUGCUGAUGUUCCUUGCACUCGUCUGGAUCAGGGAACAGCUUUUCCUCGCCCGUCACACCGCGCCUGCUCUGUUCCCAUUAUCCCAUCCGUCCAGGCUUCUGAUCUCGGAGACAGGUCUGUGGAUGGAGGCAGUACCAUGCUGCUUUAUAAAAGUGGCGUCUUUGCGAGUCACAAGCUUAUCAAUCCUGAGACUGAAGCAGAGACAUUGUCCUUGGCCAAUUCCAGCCAGUCUCUGGCUGGCCUUACUGUGGCGCAGGGGUCACAUGGACUCACAUGCUCCGAGUCUGCACUGGUGGUGGGUCAAACUAAACACAAAAGCCUUGUCACUUACACAACAGCCUUGGGAGCAGGUACAGACUCCAGUAGAGCAAAGACUGUCAUCUCUACAACCAUACUGGCAUCGUCCAGCCUCUCCAAAUCCACCGGCAAACUGGAGCGCCGGCCUGUACGGUCAGCUUGCGGAGGGACUCCAAGAGAAGAGCAUGGUGCUGGUUUACAAACUUCAUUUCUCAAAGGAGAGAAAGACUUCCAUCUGUCUGGUGAGCUUAGAGGUGUGUCCUGUCUCACACCUCCUAAAAGCUGAUUGGAUAAAUCAAUAGAACUUGCGAAUUGCAUCCAGAAAUGUUCAGUGGGGUCGGACAGGGUGGGGCACUACCCCACCACCCCUUGCCCCCGUAUGUUGACCAAUCACAAGACUUUACUCUCUAACCUAUGGAACUGGACUACAGAGAGAACUUGCAAAUGACACUGGAUAACCAAGAACACAAUGUGAAUAAAUUAUAAAAAGGUUAAUGACUAUCGUUGGGAUGUUGAUUUAAAGAAGUAUUGAAGAAGAUAAAAAGAUUUAUAUGCCACUAUUUAACAAGAAGCUUCUACUUAGAAACCAAAUAGUGUGUCAUCUCUAUGUUGUUUCUCUAUUGUAAAAAAAAGAAAAUAUAAUAGAUGUCAAAACUAUGUGUAUGUCAUAUAUAUGUCCUAUAUUUAUAUAUAUAUGACAUACAAAGAGACUAAAAAUAAAGAUGCAGAAUAUGGUAAAGAAGAAGCUUUUCAUUUUAAACAGCUCUGCCAUCCUAUGAUAUCCCAGUUCAACUCUGUCUUUUGUCUGUUAUGCUUGAGGACGUGAGGAGAGUUUGGUGGUUCAUGAAUAAAAUCUGUAUGUCAC